AUGAUUGAAACCCAAGCCCGAGAGGAUGCGAUAAUUAAAAAUGAUAACCUCCAAGCCCUUUAUACUAGUGAAAACAAGGAGUUAAAGGAUAAAAUAGCCCAUUUAAAUCAGGAUAUAGAUUUUAUGGCUCUUAAUCAUGCUAAAUCCUCCACUGAAAAAGAGGAGAAAAUUAAACAUAUCCAAAGAGAAGCCCAAGAAGUUAGGGAGAAAUUGGAGGCUAUUCAGAAUAUUAGAAAAGUAAGCGUAGAAAUCCAGGCUAAACCAGAGAUGAAAAGCGUUUGGGUUCAGACUGAACUGACUGCCGAACAAAUUAAGCAAAUGGAGCAAUCCAUUAUUAAAUAUCAGAAUGAUAUCCAAAAAGAACAAAAUAAAGUCCAACAAAAAGAAACUGAAUUAGUCAAUUUACGACAACAAAUCCAAGAUUUACAAACCCAAACUCAACCUAUAAAAAGAGAAUUAGAGGCAUUGGGAAAAGAAGGAAAAGAAACCCGAGAGCAAUUAGAACAGAGUAAUAAGGAUUUAGAGGGGAAAGUAAAAGACUUGGAACCCAAUGAGGCGGAAAAGGAAUUAUUGGAUAAGAUCGGAGAUGCUAACCCAACUACAAUAAAAAAUUUACUGGAAAAACUUCAAGAGCUUUUACAAAAUCAGCAAAAAAUCAGUGAACUAACCAAGAAAAGAGAUGAAUUACAAACCCAAUUAGAUUUAGCCACCAAAACCAAGGAGGAAUUAGCAACAGAAUUAAAUAAUUUACGAACUGAAAACAAGGAAUUACGCCCCCUUGCUUUAAAGGUUAUUACUACUAAGUGUUUAGUGGCUGAUGAAAUAAAGGAUACAGAUUUAUCUGAAACAAUUCUUGAUAGUUAUUUUGUUGAAAAAUUAAAAGAAUUUAUGUUGGAGAAGGACAUAAAGCCUGAAACUCCCACUGGACCAACUGAGGUUCCUCAAAUUACUUAUCCAAAAAAAUAA